AUGGUCGCGGUCACCCCGAUUUUGUGGUUGACAGCCAUCGUUCUGCUGAACUUCAUCAAAGGAUCGAACUCUGCCCGUCGUUUUGAACGGCGCAGUGACCUCGACUAUGUCCCUCCCAUCAACGCCUCAGCCGCCGCAGGCUGGGCUGUGCCUCUGCAGGGCAGCAACACCUGCGACCCUAACAAAACUUGCACGGAUUCACUGUCACCUCCGCCUCCUGGCAAGCCUCUUCAAUACCUCGCAAUCGCACGUGGCCUGUACAUGUAUCUGUGCGCCGGCGAUGGACCCAAUGAAGUCGCUCAGUUUCAAUCUCAAUCCACGCAGCUUUAUGAUGCAGCCCCGCUUAUCCAAAACCUCCCCAAUGAAGCCGCCUUCCAUGCCCUCCCUGCCAAACUUCACGACUUCGACUAUGAGCAGCUAAAGAAUUCCACUUUGGAGUGCUUGGGUACCAUUGGAACCGUCAACGAUACGGCCAUUGUCACUCUUUUCGACAUUGCGACGUUCGAAGCCCUUCCGUACGAGUCCGUGUUGGCGCCAGACGAUCCUACGAGCACUAGCAGGUGGGCACACUCAGUGAGCUCGAAGAGAGACUGGGAUAUCUACCGAGUUGAAGUUGCGGGAGGCGCUCCACCUAUUUGCGACAGUCAACGAUUCAUGGCAGAAGAAGAAUACACGGCAGAGUAUUGGUUCUUCUAUUCUGGGGGAGAAGACUUGUGGACGCCAAAUGAUGUCAAAAGAGAAGAAGACCUAAUUGAUUCUAUCAAUCUGCCAGCUUUCAUAUGAUGAUAUGGGAAGGACCUGAAUGAGAAGAUACCAGUGGACGCAAUCAGCGGCGUAGCAUGUGGAUGAAACAUUCGAAGAUGGAUUCAAGCAGAAUCCAAGAACAUUGCACCGGAUUUUACGAGAGAUGAGAGGAUCGGAUAGUAUGUGGACAGGCUGAUGAUCCAAGACUUCGACUGAUGGAAUUGUCUUCUGAUCCAUCUCAUUUCGUUCAUUCGUGGGUUGGGGGAAAGUGGGG